UACUAAUUUUAUUUAUUUAUUACAAAAUUUGAAAUUGACAACUGUCAGCUACAUUCACACUCAUCUUUUUCUUUACUGUUCUAUAUUUACAUUCAUUAUUUUUUAUUUAUUAUAGAAAUAAUUGCUGAUGAUAUUGAAUGUAAACAGGCGACUAUUCCUGUACAAGUGGUGACAUCUUUCAUGUUCUAAUUUAUUUUUUUACAACUCCAUUGAUAAUAUCAAUUGACCUGUCAUGAUCAGCUGAUGAAUGCACAUAUACAAUAUUAUAUUUUAUUUUUUAUUUGACAUUAAAACAUUUAAAAAAUGUCGAAAUUUCGUCUAUCUUCAGUAUGGGAACUGUCAUCUAAUUUUUCAUCUAAUCGAUAUUUCUCAAAAUUAUUAUCAUCUCCAUGGUGUCAAACUUCAGAGCAACAAACGAAUAGAAAUUUAACAACGAAGGCUGAUACAAAUAUUACAGAAGAUGACUUAAUUAUUAGUGAAAGUUGCGCAAAACGAUUAAAAGAUAUAACUGACGACGGUACAUGUUUAAGGCUGACAGUUGAAGGGGGAGGAUGUUCAGGUUUUCAGUACAAAUUUGAUUUAGAUUCAAAUAUAAAUGAUGAUGACAAAGUAUUUCAAAAAGACGGAGCUAAAGUUGUAAUUGAUUCAACGUCACUGGAGUACGUUAAAGGUGCAACCAUUGAUUUUCAUUCAGAAUUAAUAAGAUCUGCUUUUAGAAUAAUAAAUAAUCCGUUGGCAGAGCAAGGUUGUAGUUGUGGUGCUAGUUUUGCCAUUAAAGUUGAUUAAUGAUAAUAAAUUAUCCGCAAUUAUUUAUAAAUAUGUACAAGUAGAUAAAAAUAAAUUAAAUUUCUUGUCUUUUAAACAAGGAAAUAAAAUGUAUAGAUAUAUAUAAUUUAUUGUUGAUAUUACUU